AUUGAAGAAAAUCAAGAUUUGGAUGACUUCAUUUCCAUAGCAGGAGAAGGAAACAAGGGGACAACCACAUAUCCUGCUAAUAGCAGUAAUACUACAAACCGUAGUUCAACUACAACCACCACAUACAAUGUUACAAGCGACACCUCUGAUGCACCAAGCAGACGUUCAACCACAAGCAGAACUUACAAUGUUACCAAUGACUCCCAAGAUUACCCGAGCAGAGUUUCGACUUCCACAACUACUUACAAACGUUCAGAUGACAACAGUGAAGCUCCAUCCCACCGUUCUACAACAACAACAACUUAUAAAGACAUUACAGAUGGGCCAAGCACUCGAUCCAAUGUUAGCUACACACAAGAUUCAUGGAAAUCAUCACCUAGUACAUAUGGACAAUCCAUUAUCUCAAAUUCAAUUAAAACUGUCUAUUCCACUGCUGAUCGAUCUGUUAUUGAAAAGGACAUGUGUACUUACUGUCGGAAGCCACUUGGCAUUGAUGCCAAGAUGAUCCUUAAAGAUUUAAACAUAUGCUGCCAUGCAACUUGCUUCAAGUGUGAAGCAUGUUCUGGUUCCUUGGGGAAUCUAAGGGCUGGUGACAGCAUGUGGAUCUAUAGGCAAACGAUUCACUGUGAGCCAUGCUAUUUUUCUGUUAGAGAAAAAUGGAUCAUCUAA